UCCGCGCUCAGUGACGUGUCUCCUGUAGCCUCUUUUUUUAUUUCUUUUUCUCCUCUUUUUUAUUCUCCACUGAUCAAAUGUGAACCCUCUCCUCUCGCCCUCUCGCUGCUGCUUAUUCUCAUCAUCAGACCUUCUAUUAAUUCAUGUACUUGUACAUUUGGCCCCCACCCUCUCCCUCUCUCUCUCCCUCUCUCUCUCCCUCUCUCCUCUUUUUUCCUUCAGUCUCCUCUUGGGGAGAGCAACGCGCCACGGAGCUCUGAAAUUACAUAAAAAGGCUGCAGCAGGAGACACAAGAGAAGAGUGACCAUGGUUUAUUUUCUUCAAGUUUUCUGCUAACAGCAGGAAGAGUGGGAAAACCGUCCACAAUCCCUGCAAGAUCCAUAGUCCAGCAAGAUUAAAAGAAAGGGACAGGGGGGCAAACGAGAGAACAAAGAAAAAGGAAGCGAAGAGGAGCAGGUGAAAACAGUCGAUGGAUGCUGUCCGGAUUGAGGGGACAGCACGUUCUUCACUGACGGGGAAAAGAAAGAUUUCAAAAUUGAGUCGAAGGAUAGAAACUCGCCAUCAGGCAUGGUGUGUGAGAAGGGGAUUCAGAUCCUUCUCACCACCGUGGGGGCAUUCGCUGCCUUCGGCCUGAUGACGGUGGCGAUAGGGACGGACUACUGGCUGUAUUCCCGUGCCCUGAUCUGCAACAGCACAGCCAACAUCACGCAGGAUGAUCCCCAUAAUAAAGACAAAAAGGACCCGGGGGCUCUCACUCACUCUGGGCUCUGGAGAAUCUGCUGCCUGGAAGGUGUGAAGAGAGGAGUGUGCUCGCAGAUUAAUCACUUCCCAGAGGACGCAGACUUUGACCAUGAUGGGGCCGAAUACGUCCUGAGGGUGGUUAGAGCAUCCAACAUCUUCCCCAUCCUUAGUGCCAUCCUGCUGCUGAUGGGAGGGGUUUGCAUCGCUGCUAGUCGUUUCUAUAAAAGCAAAAGGAACAUCAUCCUGGGAGCAGGAAUCCUCUUUGUGGCUGCAGGUAACUGA